UUUCCUCAGUGGCCCACGUUUGAGAUAGUACGUUCAGAGUAGACUUCGUGGCAUAAAUGGCUGGAGCGGAGAAACGUGUACGAUUCAAGGAAGAUGAGCAACAAGUAACAAGUGUCCAUCAGCUAGGGCCCACAGCUGUGUACAUCGCGGUAUUAUUAGUGAUCAUGUCAGGUCUUCUCACGCAAUUCCUUGCCACUCGAUUACCAGCGGCCCUGACAAUGGCAGAUCUGGAAAGGUCUCCAAACAUCUUCAUUGCUGAGCGCGCCUGGACGAGUUUGAAAACGUUAAACGACAUCGGUCCCAAGCCGGUUGGCAGCCAGGCGAAUGAGGUUAUGGCACACGAGUUCCUGCUAAAGGAAUUGCAGAGCAUUACGUCCACGAAACAUCCUCACCAGCAACUUGACAUCGAUGAGCAAACAGUUUCCGGAGUGUUUAACAUUUCACUGUUGGAUCAAUCAAUGACCAGCAUGUACCGGAACGUCCAGAACGUGGUGGUUCGAUUGGCCGGGAAAGGAGCACAAUCGCUGUUGCUCAAUUGUCAUUUCGAUUCAGUUGCCAGCAGCCCCGGUGCAAGCGAUGACGGGGCCAGCUGCGCAGUGAUGUUGGAAGUUUUGCGUGUUUUAUCGCGCAACUCAGAGCGCAACCGACACACGAUAACGUUUUUGUUCAAUGGCGCCGAAGAAACGAUGCUACAAGCCGGGCACGGUUUUAUCACUCAGCAUGCCUGGGCUGCUGAUGUGCGUGCUUUUUUGAACUUGGAGUCGUCUGGUUCGGGAGGAAAGGAGAUACUGUUUCAGGCUGGUCCCCAACACCCAUGGCUUAUUGAGGCAUACGCUCGCUCGAUCCGGCACCCGUACGCCCAUGCGUUCGGUGAGGAAAUAUUCCAACUCGGGCUCAUACCUUCCGAUACGGAUUUUCGUAUGUUUCGUGACUAUGGUGAAGUACCUGGGAUGGAUUUUGCCCAUAUUGCUAAUGGAUAUCGCUACCACACUCGUUACGAUUCGAUGGACUUCCUGUCCCUGAAUGUGCUGCAGCGCACUGGAGACAACAUUCUUCAACUAACGCGAGAACUGGCGAACGGCGAUGAGCUGGCAAUUGCAGAUCCUACCAACUUACCCGUCGGCCAGAAAGUAUUUUUCGAUUUUGUUGGAUUAUUUUUUGUACAAUAUGAUAUUGCCACAAGCCGUAUUAUCAAUUUCUCUCUGUCCACUUUGGCCACCGUUGUUCCUUUACUAAUGCUACUGCAUAAUCGUAAAUCACACGGCUAUUUGAACGUCCUGCGAGAGUGUGGAUUUGGUUUGGCGGCCACCAUUCUAGGAACCGUAUUCAGUUUCAUCUCCUGUACGACUAUAGCGAGGCAGAUGGACUUUCUCGGCAACAGUAUGAGUUGGUACACGAACACUUACCUGAUACUAGGGAUGUACUGCUGUCCAGCAUUGCUGGCCCACUGUUUCGUGUACCUUUUUCUCACGGCGUUCUACUCAAACAGUAAGAGUGAUCUAACGCACGGCGAAAUGACUCAAGCGAGACUCGUCGGGGUCAACAUAUUUUGGGCCAUCAUCACGGUGUCUGCCACGCUAGCCGGAUUUCGUAGUGCCUACAUAUGCAUGGUGUUACUUCUCUGUUCCCUGGCAUCCAGCGUUGCCAACAGUCUUCUCGGGAAUGGUAAAACCACCCGUACAUGGAUCUACAUCCAUCUGCUAUUUCAACUACCGGUUCUUUUAUGGACCACAAACUUCUACAAUGUUCUAAUCGAGCUGUUUGUACCGAUCACGGGCCGAUUCGGCGGUACGCGCAAUCCGGAAAUAUUCAUAAGUCUCUUAGCAGCUGCCUUUACGUUGCUUUGCUGCAGCUACCUUAUCCCAUUCAUCGCGCAGCUUCGCAGCAUGAUGAGCUUCACGGCAAAACUAUCGGCUAUCACCGUGCUGACUCUGCUAGUAGCAUGCAGCACGCCACUCGGAUUCCCUUACCAAGAUGAGAGCACGGCGGCGUCGGCUCCAACACCGCAGCGACACUAUGUUACGCACACAUUCCGCGUGUUUCACGACGAACUUGGUCUGUACAAGGGCUCCGAUUCGGGUUACUUCUUUCAAGAGAUGGACCGUAACACGCGGAGAACAAUCGAACAGCUAGUGGUUCCUGGUGCAAAGCUUUCAUCAAUGCGUCAGAUGGAAUCGUGCGACAACCAGUUGUUCUGUGCUGCGCCAUUCUAUUCUUUGUGGCAUCAAAUGCGAUUCAACAACUACUGGCUGCCAGGUCCAGAGCCCGUUUUCGAUAACAUGGUCACGAUGUCGUACCAAAGUACAGAGGAAUUAGAUGCCCACACCAAACGGCUACGGUUUGUCAUAGACGGAAGCAUACAAUCUUCCAUCAUUAUCGGACCAAAGGAGGGAGUGAAAUUGAUCCAAUGGUCAAUCAUGGACUAUGUGCCGCAGCCGGUACUAUUUGGAGGACGCGAAGUAUAUUUCCUCUCGAUCACACAUGGGCUCCCUGGGGGACCGUGGCCCAUUUCAAUAGAUCUACAGUUUGCCCAGCCGAAGGAGGUGGGCGAACUUGUGGAUAUUGUGGUGACGACCAAAUUCUGGGAGUAUCAUCACAUGCACACAUCUGAAUUUGAGCAGCUGUUAGCAUCGUUUCCGUCCUGGGCACACGUUGUGCCCUCUGUGGCGGUGGUUAGUGUGUUUCCUUUGUAGAUUGGGACCUCCGGAUUGACUCGAAACGAAACGGUGUUCAGUGGAAUACGAACGAACAAAGUGAAAUAAAACGA